GCUAUGUUUGGCAUAUUUAAAAGUGUUUAACACCGCCUCAGUAUCGAACAGUUCACAUUUGUGUACGCUCAGUAGCAAAACAACAAAGAAGAAAGAAAGAAAUAAUUCCAACCUCAUACGGGAGACAUAAAAGCAAAAAGACAGAUUUCAAUUGUCAAAGCAAAGUGAGACAUUCUAGAGGACUCUUCGAAACGAUUUUGUGAAAAAUAAACAUAAAAUUUAUACCAAAAUUUUAACUGUGAUUUUGAAAAAGACACAUCAACAACAACAAAGCAACAUGAUGAAAUUCUUGGUUGGAUUCUGCGUCUUGGCCGUGGUGGCCCCAGCUGUCUUUGGCGAACUUAAAUGUUCCGUGCCAAAUCCCGAAAUCCCUACCGAAUGGAUUGAUUUGCGCGGUGACUGUUUGACAGCCAUGCGUAAUCAAAUCCAAAAGGAAAUUGAUGCUUCCUAUCAAUACUUGGCCAUGGGUGCUCACUUCUCUCGUGACACCGUCAAUCGUCCCGGUUUCGCUGAAUUGUUCUUCAAGGCUGCCAAGGAGGAACGUGAACAUGGCUCCAAAUUGAUUGAAUACUUGACCAUGCGUGGUCAAUUGACCGACCGUGUUACCGACUUGAUCACCAUUCCCACUGUCUCCAAGGACGAAUGGGCUAGCGGUGCUGAAGCUUUGGAGGAUGCCCUCAAAUUGGAAACCGAUGUCACCAAGUCCAUUCGCAAAUUGAUUGCCACCUGUGAAAAGAAACCCAACUUCUAUCAUUUGGUUGACUACUUGACCGGUGUCUAUUUGGAAGAACAAUUGCACGGACAACGUGAAUUGGCCGGUAAAUUGACCACCCUCAAGAAGAUGAUGACCAACCAUGGUGCUUUGGGUGAAUUCUUGUUCGACAAGGAUUUGUAAAUUAUUUCCAACUAAAAGUAAAUGUGAUGGAAGGCGCAAUCAACAUACAUACAUCUUAACAGCCAUGAGAUUUUUUUGUUUUUUUAAAUUUCACACAAGAAAAAAAAACAUUUAUUAAAUUAUAUAUUGUCCAAACAUUCUAUAGCUGUGCUUUUCAAUUACUAAACAAAAUCAUGUGUUAAAACAUAUUUAAUUAGAAAUACAAAUAGUAUUGUUUAUUGCUUUAAAACAAACAAAAAUUAGUAGAAAAAAAUA